GACUCUCUCCUCGGUGCCCGGGCUGCGCGCAGAGAGCGGGGUGGAGCGCGCGCUCGCUCCUGCGUUCUGAGCAGAACCGUUCGGACCUCCGAGUUCACCGAGUGAAGUUAGCCUUUAGCUAACAGGACACUUUUUACCGUUUUAAACCCGGAGGACGGAGGAUAACAACGCGCAGGAUAAGAGAAAAGCGGAGGAAAAGUUAACCGAGCUGUUCGUUUAUCACUUCUGUGUUAUUUGUUGUGAAGAUGCAGUGAGGGAAAGAAAGUUCUCUCCUGUUCAGGACAGUUUACCUCACACAGAGAUCCCAUUCCGGUUCUCAGGAUGUCUCCAUUCGAAAGCUGGAGGUAACCAGAGGAUUAUCUGCGUUCCCUCAUUCGACAUGGUCCACUGGACCACUGUUCUGGUGCCAUGUAUCUGGAUUCAGGCCCUUGCGACGUGGGUGGCAUCAGACACCUGCCCCUCUGCGUCCCUCGCGUCAGUCAACUUCUCCGUGCCCUACCCCCUGCCCUCCUUUCAGACCUCCAACCCCAUCCAGAACAUCGCCGUCAACCCUUUUUACCAUGAGGUCUACGUGGGGUCACGGAACCUCAUCGAGGCGGUGAACAGCACUCUGGGUAAGCUGUGGGAGCUGCGCACUGGACCUGUGGGUAGCAAGGAGUGCCGGUUGUGUCGACUGUGCGACAUUGAGAGCGAUCCGUUCGAGGAGGAUACGGACAGCGAGGUGCUGCUGCUCGACACCUUCCUCAUGUACCUGUACACGUGCGGCAGCUCUCAGUACGGAGUGUGUUACUUCCACCAGCUCAAUGAAAACGGACAGGCGCCGGCGCCCUCCAAGUGCCUUUUUCGCAAAGAAGCCAAUUCUGCCGCUUUCUGCCCGGACUGCAUCGCCAGCCCACUGGGCACCAAGGUCAGCAUGGUGGAGGAGGGACAGACGGUGUAUUUUUACGUCGCUGCGACGGUCAAUGACAGCGUGACGCAGCGGUACGGCCGGAAGUCCGUCUCGGUGCGGCGUCCUUUAGCCACCGAGGAUGGCUUCCACACGGAUGUGCAGGGCCUGACGGUGCUGCCCGAGCUGAGGCGGGUGUACCCCAUUGAGUACGUUUACAGCUUCUACACUAAUGACUUUGUCUACUUCUUGUCGGUGCAGAGGGAGAAGGCGGAGCCGCAGGGCACGUCUCCUUAUCAGACGCGACUCGGACGUCUGCCGCGUAACGAAUGGGAAAUGCGCCGCUACCGAGAGGUUGUGCUCGAGUGCCGUUUUGAACCCAAGCGCAGGCGCAGGAAUGCGGGCGGUGCCGGCGCAAGCGAGGCCUUCAAGGACAUCGUGUACAACGUGGUGCAGGCGGCGCACUUCGGCAGGGCCGGGCGCGAGCUAGCCGAUGAGCUCGGCGCAGAAGAAAACGACGACAUCCUGUACGGGGUUUUCGCUGUCACGGACGACUCGGGCGUUACUGAGCACGACUCGGCUCUCUGCGCAUUCCCCAUGGACUGGGUGAACAAGUUCAUCGAUCAGGGAGUGGAGGAUUGCUGCAAAUCUGGACCUGAGCAGCUCUCCCGCGGUCUGUGUCACUUCCAGACCUGCGAAAGCUGCCCACACGAGAGCAUGGAGCAUAAUGUGAGCUGCAGAGAUCAGCCCACUCUGGUGGCCCAGCCGUGUUACAGAGUGGAUCUGUUCAACAGGCAGAUGAGAGACACGUUGCUCACCUCUCUGCUCGUCACCACCAUCGACAACAAAACCCUCGCUCACAUCGGCACGGCCGACGGCAGACUGCUGCAGUUCGUCUUGCGGAGAUCCAGUCCCAUCAUCUUCGCCAACUAUUCCCUAGCGCAGAGCCAGAAGGUGUCGUCCAUCGCUGCCGUGCUUCCUCCAGACCAUCUCCUGUUUGUAGUGGGGAAUAAGAUGAUCCAGGUGCCUCAGAGAGGUCCAGGGUGUCUCCACUUCCUCACCUGCGCUGCGUGUCUGACAGCACCAAGGUUUAUGGCUUGUGGCUGGUGUUCGGGACGUUGCACCUGGCAGUCUGAGUGUUCAGGGCACUGGGUCAAAGAGUCCUGCCCACCUGUUAUCACUGACUUCUUCCCUAAGACGGCGCCCCCUGAUGGUCAGACGGAGGUGUCGCUGUGUGGAUUCGAGUUCCAGUCGCCCCACAAACCUGACAUCACCACCAGGACUCAUGUGGUGAAGCUCGGAGAAACCGGCUGCUUGGUGCUCCCUCAAAAAAGCAACAGAACAGUGCUGAUGUGUAAGAUCCGUUCUGGAGUAACAGAGCCUCCGUUUAAACCGAUUAACGUCACAGUGAGUGUGCGUGAGGAUCGCAAGGAAGACCCUUACUUCAUCAAGGGAAUCGAUGAGAUGCCUGGAUUCACAUUUGUGCUGCCCAACAUCACCGAGGUGCAGCCGGAUUACGGUCCGAUGAACGGAGGCACCUUGAUCAACAUCACCGGACCUUUCUUACACUCAGGAAAGACCAGGAAAGUCACGCUGGAUGGUGAAGUCUGCCCUAUCAAAGGCGUGUCUAUAGUCCGGGAGACCCUGUCCUCCAUCUUUUGUCUGUCUCAGCGUGUCAAUGAGGUGAAGGACGUGGUGCUGCAGGUCUACAUCGAUAAGUUUCGCAUCGCCACCACCAGAGUGUUCCGCUACAAGGAGACGCCUGAGAUCCUCUCCGUCCAGCCCGACUGCAGCUUCGACAACGGUUCGCGAAUCACUAUCGAAGGGAAAAAUCUGGACUCUGUCUACAGGACCGUCAUCCACUUCAAACCCAAAGAGAGCCACCUGAAACCAGUUUCCACCGAGUGCCAGGGAAAAGCCAAGUCCACCCGUAUGGAGUGUGUGACCCCCGUCUUUCCCAGAGAUGAGACGGAAGAAGGAGAGCUCUCCUUUGACAUGGACGGAGCUGUGGGUCUGUGGAAGCAGGACUUCUCUUAUCACCCCUAUGGCAGGCCCAUUCCCUUUGAGACCGAGGGACACAUUCUCACACUCUACCCUGGCUUUGAUGAAGUUUCCUUACAUCACCAGAAGCUGAACCUGGUGAACUCCUGCAUGAAGAUUACCAUGACCGUUGGAGGGGUCGACUGUGGAGCGAAGGUUUUGGAUAACGAGAUCACCUGCCGCAUCCCCAAAAACCUCACCAUCCCUAACGAGGGCUUACCUGUGAAGAUCACGGUCAACGGCGAGGUUCAUGACGUGGGCACUGUCGUCCUGGUCAGUAACCACUACGUAGUGGGCAUCGUGCUUGGCAUUCUGGGAGCUCUGGUGGCUGGCGCAGUGCUGGCUUACGUCACUAUGAAACACCUGAGAAAGAAGAAGACAGAUUCUCUGGCUGAGAGUCGGCUGUCCCACUACUCCCGUAAUCACAGUCUCUCAGGCAACGGCAGCGUCGAGCUCCUGCCUCUCGGAGACUACAGACGAGGAGAACUUCCCUUCAGUCCGAACUCUGCGUCCACCGUGCCUGUGGCGUUUCCUGGCCUGGUCUACGCCAACGCGCUGGAACCCAGCCUCAACCCGCUCUUACCUUCCGAGAAAAUCUCCAUCUCUAGCUUCCAUCCUGAGCUCCUGGAGGAAGUGAAGGACGUCCUCAUCCCAGCGUCCAUGCUUAACGUGCAGUACCAUCAGAUCAUCGGGAAAGGUCACUUCGGCACAGUUUACCACGGUUACCUUACCACUGACCACAACAACAGGGAAAUCCACUGUGCCGUGAAGUCACUAAGUAACAGAAUAACGGACGUGGAGGAGGUCGAGCAGUUUUUGAAGGAGGGGAUUCUGAUGAAGGCUUUCCACCACAGUAAUGUGCUCUCUCUGCUGGGCAUCCUGUUGCCUCACAAAGGGCUCCCCCUAGUGGUGCUGCCCUACAUGAAGCACGGAGACCUGCGUCACUUCAUACGCUGUGAGAACAGGAACCCCACAGUCAAGGACCUGAUUGGCUUCGGACUUCAGGUUGCCAAGGGGAUGGAGUAUUUAGCACAGAAGAAGUUUGUGCACAGAGACUUAGCUGCCCGCAACUGCAUGCUGGACGAGUCGUACACGGUGAAGGUAGCAGACUUCGGCAUGGCUCGCGACGUACUCGAUAAGGAGUACUACAGCAUCCAGGACCACAGGAAAGCUAAGCUGCCUGUCAAAUGGAUGGCCAUCGAGAGCCUGCAGACGCAAAAAUUCACAUCUAAAUCUGACGUGUGGUCCUUUGGGGUUCUGAUGUGGGAGUUAUUGACACGAGGAGCGAGCCCUUACCCAGAGGUCGACCCGUAUGACAUCACACAUUACCUCUUAAGGGGGCGGCGACUCCCUCAGCCACAGUAUUGUCCUAAUCCACUGUUUGCUAUCAUGCUGCAGUGUUGGGAUCCGGACCCGGAGCUGAGACCCAGCUUCUCCACACUAGUCUCUGAGGUGAUGGCCAUCCUCUCAGGCCUGGAAGGGGAGCACUACAUCAGCCUGAACGUGACGUACGUGAACCUGGACCAGCCGCGCCCUUACCCCGCCCUCACUGACUCCGCAGACGAGUGCGAGUCCUCGGAUGAAGACGAGGCGGGCUCAACUACCACCUGACCGGCUACGCGUGCCGUCACUCAUAGAGAAGGUGCUAAGACGUCAACCCAGAGUCAGUCAUUAUUUAUUUAUUAUGUAGCAGCCGUGCUGGAAUGUAAAUUUGUUAAAGAAAUUUACAUUUACGGUUUCUGUAGCAUGUAGGAAAGACGAAUGGUUGUCUGAGGUAAAAUUAAGUGCACAAUGCACAACUUCAGCCCUUCAUUUUAUUCAGAAAUUGCAAAGAAUCCACCAAGACUGGAGCCAAAUCAGAUCAUGUGCCAGGUGUUGCAGUGUAAACAGGUGAGAGACUUAGAGACUAACAUGGUUUGGUUUGUCCAAUAUUUUUAGUUUAAAAAUAAAAGCAUGAAAAAUAGGAAGUAGUGGUUACAGAUAUUAGCAACAAAUGAGGAAGAGGAUCGUAUUCCAUGUCAAUCAUUUCAAGAGCUGUAAAAUUAUGGAAAUGUACUGUAUGUUAAUGGUUUCCCUAUUCAGGAUACAGAUAAUGACCUUUAAAAAGCAAGAUAUUUAUAUGUAGCAAAUGAAAUCAUGCUUCAUCUGUGACGAACAUUAUGAACAUGCACAAGAAUUUUAUUACACAGCAGUUUGGGUUUUUAUUUGAAUCCACAAUGUCCACAUUUCCCCAAUUUUUUCCUCUGCAAGCUGCUGUAUACCUUGUCAGGUUCAAUCCACUUGAACAAAACAGAAACUGUCUCUUUACAAAUAUUAUUUUUAAAAAUAGCAGAGUUUGGGGAUCCAACUCACUCAAAGUGUCCGAAGUUAUAAUUUGUAAAAUCAUGCACGCUGUAAUGUCUACACUGCUGCGUUUAUAAAAUGACAGAUUGUGAUGAAAAAUGUUCCAUACUGAGAGUAAUAAGGCUUAUUUUUAAAGUUGUGCACUUAGCCUGAGUGUUUUGCAUUCUCAGUCCUGCAGCACAGCCCUCCUCAUUAAGCCGCGUUUCCAAAAUGUUUUGUAGCAGAUUGAUUAUUGCUAUAAAUUGGCACUAUUCUAGUAAAACCAGGAGUCAACAAUCCCACACUGGAUUGUUUAAGAUCCAAUUUUCCACCAUUAGUCUGAUGUAAGUCUGUCAAAAUGUGUUUGGCCAAAUUAGCAGCUCCUGAGCGACACGACAGAAAAGCGUUCACUGCCAUCCGUGAGCAAGAGGGAGCAAAUUAGCCAUGCAGGUCUGGGUGGGAGGGACUUCCACUCUCUCCUCGUCAAUCACACUGACACUAUCCAAUCGUGAGCAUCUGUGAGUUGAUGUAUGUGGAAGAAGGCGGACAGCGCUUUCCUCCAAGUGUGUCGCGCUGCUACAGCAUUAGCAGCAGUUUGAAAAGAUGCGGCUGGCUUCACAUGUCUCGGAGGAAGCACUUAGCCUUCACUCUUCAUGCCGUAUGAUAAGGGAGAGCUGGCUGGUCGGUGGGAACUGGCCAAGAAUAAAUUAGGGAGAAAGUGGGGGGGGGGGGAUUUUUAGUUUAAAAAUUUUAGUUUAAACUAAAAAUAGAAAAUGAGAUCAUAAACAAUUUGAAGAUAUUUUUCUGUGUUAGGAAAAAAUUGGAGCAGUGAAAUUCAUUCUGGCUGCCUAAUGGAAAUGUAUUAAGCCUGGUGAUUGUCAUGAAGGAAGAUGAUGACAUUCUGUUUUAAUAGUAAAGAAAUCAAUAAUCAAGGUUACGAGUGUAAACAUUAGGCUUCCACAGAACACGAUAAGAUUUCUGUUCGUAAGGUAACAGUUUGAUAUUUGACAUUAGCACAAAACCUGCUAUGAUACGACACGAUGCGAUCUGAUUUAAUAACCUCUGAUCCACAUGAGACUCUGUUCAGAAUCUGGAGUAGGUCUACUGGGGUUCAGAGACGAUUAUUUUAAAAGGAUGAAAGUUUGAGGCAAAUCAGCUCGCUAAUCUGUUAAAUUAUUUACAAAAAAAUAAUUUUUUUUACACACUAGUUAUCUCUCCUUUUUAUAAUUCAUUAUAAACAAUAUAACCAUUUAAACCGUUGCCUUUUAAUUCGAUGCAUUAAUCCAAAUUGUCCGAUCAUUACGCCCCUAAUCAAGAUGCACAAAGAAUCAUUUUAUAGUCAAAUCGUGGCUCCUUGAAUUGAAAUUUAAUCAUGAGCUGCUUAGAGCUUUCCACCUGCACCAUUUUACCACGUUUUCAUCCCCUCUAUGUCAGUAUAAGAUCUCAUUAAUACUGAAUACUAAAUCUAUCAAGUACUUAAGAUUCAUGUACAUCUUUUUAAAAGGAAGUGACAGCCCUAAAAGACAGAUAUUAUAUGUUACAUUUAGUGUCCCUAACUCUUAACACACCUGAUUAAACUGCGUCAGUUGAUUAUGAAGCGCUUCGUGAGUCAGAUCAGGAUGCGCUGGAGCUGAGAAGACGCUGAGCUGGCAAUGGACUGGGAGAAUUAUAAAACACCAGGAUCAGUACAGGCAGGAUCGUAGUGGGCUGCUGUGUGAGUGUGUGUGUGUGUGAGUGUGUGUGUGUGUGAUAGAAAGGAAACUGUUAUAUAAGAGAGCAGUAUCAUGUUCCUCAGAUACAGUGAUGUUAGUGAUAUUAGCCGAGGUGGUGAAACGUCGAGCUCUCACAUCUUCUGAUUUUGUAAACACGCACAUUUGAGUUUUGUUGACUUUUAUAUUUUUUGAACGUACAGUAGAAGACAGUGGUCACAUUUUACUACUAGACCACUAAAAGGAGUAUUUAGCUAUAAUAUGCUGAUGUGUUUAACACUGAACUCGUUAGCUUUUUAUUUAAUUUAGUGUUAAAUGGUACCUGCUAGGUUUCAGUCAUUAUUAGCAAUGCUAAUGCAUUUUUCAGCCUGGUGUCUGUUCACUGCGUCUGUGACGUAUGUCUGUUUAGUGCAGACAAGAAUUUCUACUAGAAAACCAACAAAAAUUGGCACUUAAUCUUACCCUAAUGCAACCAUAACCACAAAUCGUAAUAAUCUCUGAAAGGAUGAUUUUUACUGAUGUAUAGAUAAAUUUACAGAUACGUCUGUAGGAGCGGGCAAAUUUAUUCGUCGCCAGGUUCAGCAAGCAUUAAAAGCAAAAAAAGAAACUUCUCCUUAUUAACUUCCAUAUGAUUUCAGUUUAUGUUUAUGUUUAAAUUUGUUUGUGUUUAAAUGUUUAAAUGUGCUUCAUGGUGUUGUAAUGUACCUCGAUGCUGUAACUACAGCGCAAGCUUUCGAAUCCCACCACCUGCCGCACUACACACAUCAGCAGCAACACGUCAGAUCUUUACCAGGCGGAUUAAUCAGCAUGCACGGAUGACAGGUGUUCUUUUCAAAAUAAAUUCCAACGCAAAGCUCUGCCACUUACUACACACCUACACACAGUCGCUUUCACACAUCGAGAGAAAAUAAAGAUGCUAGUCAGAGUCAAGUAAUAUCUUUUUUACGUGCGAUGUGUGUAAACUUCCAUUUGAAUUGUUUCCCAUUUCAAGUCAUUUCUGUUUCUGUUACUCACACAUACACUACAGACGCGAUGGAAAAACAUUAGGCUGAAAAACGUUUUGAGUGUUAGUGAUCACUUUGACUUCGUGAGCUCUAGCUGAUGUAUAUUUUGGCUCAUACGUUUGUACGUAAUUGUAUGUUUGAAAAUAAAACAGUAUGUAAUUGUUUUAGAUUCUUGAGGCACGAGUAUUAAUUGAUUUUCAUUCUGUAGGUGAACCGAUGACAUUGUAGCUGUGCUUUAUGUGGCUUGUGCAUUUCUAAUUUAAACACGAGAUAGCAUCACGAGAUAGCGUAAUUUAUUUCACUGGCUUUAAUUUGAAGUUCCUUCAACUGUAUAGCAAUUGUACCACGGUUAAUAACAUUUGUUUAAAUAAAAAGAUGUAAAGAAAAACAGUUUUGUUUCACUUUAUGGCAUCUUUUUUUUCUAUGUUACAUUGAUGAGUGAUGUCAUUGCAUUGUUUUUCUAAAUGUGUUCUGUCGUGUUAUGAUGAUCACACUGGUUCGUAUUCACUCGGCUACUUGAGUCCAGACAGCAGUAUUUACACGCCUACAUUUGAGCGCA